AUGUCGAGGCUGAACCGCCGCCGGCUUGGGGAGCGAGUGGAGUUCAGGUUCUCCGGCCUCCGCGCCGUCCAGGUGCCAGUAGUAUCUGACAGGCUGUUACUUUCUAUAAUCUCAGUGGACACAGGCAAAACAAUUGCCAGGUCCAGUAAAGCUGCUGCUCGAAAUGGAAUCUGUCAAUGGCCUGACUCGAUCCUGGAAUCAAUAUGGUUUUCUCAAGAUGAAGCGUCAAAAGAAUAUGAGGAUUGUCAAUGUAGGAUUGCUGUUUCCAUGGGAUCAACAAAAGGUGCUAUUCUCGGGGAAGUUUUUCUAAACCUGACUAACUAUCUGAGUUCAGAAGACUCAACUGCAAUCUCAUUGCCAUUGAAGAAAUGCAAUUCUGGAACAGUUUUACAGCUUAAGAUUCAGUGUCUUGGCACAAAGUCUAAAUCAAGUCCAAGCAAUGAUGACAUGGACAACAAAUCAGAUGGUUCUAAUAACUUGAUCACCAGGAAUGUUAAUUUCUCAUCAACAAACCAUUUAGGUGGUUUUCAUCAAGAUGAAGUUGGGAUUAGGGAUACAAGCUUCUCACGAUCUCCAAGGAAUGAUUCUGAUGAGGGAUUGUACAUAGAGAGGCAAGAUACUGUUAGUUCUUUUAUUGACGAUAUCAGCGUGGGUCAUGGUGAUCUGAUUUAUAGAUCUAAUGAUUCAUCUUUCAGUUCUCAAACUCCAGGUCGAAACAUGCUGCAGGGGAGUAUCGAUGAGUCAUCCUUAAGUGGUUUUGCUCAAUUGUCAUCAGGGGCAUCUGGUUCAUCCAAAGAUCUCCUUGACGCUGCUGAAGAAACAAUUGAAGAACUUCUUAGCGAGGCACAUAUGUGGGAGAGCCAUUCUCAAAAAUUGAAAAAUGAUCUAGAGACAUUACAGAAGGAAUGUGAUGAAAAAUCCAAGAAACAGACUGAGAUAUUGCUGGAACUUUCUGCUUCACAAGCCGAACAAGAGUCACUGAGACAAGAAAUUGAAGAAUUGAAAUUGUCUUUGGAGGUGGCUACUGCACGGCAAACUGUUACUGGAAUUCCCAAGUCUGGUGAUGCAAUAGAUGUCCAGCUUGAACUAAAAGAUGAGGUGCAAUUUCUGAGAGAAUCAAAUGAAAACUUAACAACACAAUUGAAGAAGAGUCAAGAUGCAAAUAUAGAGCUUGUUUCUAUUCUUCAAGAACUGGAAGAAACAAUAGAAGCACAAAGAACAGAAAUCUCCAAUUUCACUCAAAUGAGUAAUGCGAUUGAUCAUGAGGUACCCAUGAAUGCAUUGUCAGUUCAAGAAGAUGCAGAGUGGGAAAGGAAGAUGUCACUAAAAGAAGAUGAAAUCAUAGCAUUGAGGGAGAAGUUGGAUCGUGUACUCAGCAUAGAGAAUGCAGGUUGUGCUGGUUCUGAUGCUAUAUAUCUUGAACUGGAAAAAGAGAAUGAAUUUUUGAAGGUUCAAAUGCAAGAUCUUGAGAAUGAUUGUUCCGAAUUAACAGAGGAAAAUAUGGAGCUUAUACAAAAGUUGAAAGAAGUUAGUGGGGUCGAAGGACAGGAUUCUUGCAUUUCUGAUAUUCAGGAAAUGUUAAAUGCGGCAGAUCUUUCUGGGACAUCAAAAUCUAGAGCAAAAUACCUAGAAAGAAAAUGUGCUGACCUUGAGCUGAGGAUGUUGAAUUUUCAAUCGGAGUCUAGAGAACUAGAAGAGAAGCUCAAAAAAAGCCAAGAGGAGCUAAAAGAGAGAACUCUUGAAUUAUCUGAGCUCAGAGAGAACCUAAGUAGCUUCCGUGCUACAGAGCUGGAGAGAGAGGAAAUCAAUAUUGCAAGAGGCUACCAGUUAAGAAGUGAAGAACUAGGAAACACGGAAUCUGAAUUGAAUCUGUUGAAGGGUACAGUUCAGCUCAAAGAAAAAGAGAUUGAAGGCUUGCAGCAUUCUAAACUAGAAAUGAAAACCUUUAUAGAUAAUGUACUUGGACAGAAGAUACAUGAGCUUGAAAUCUGCAAAGUGGAACUAGAGUUGCAUAUAUCAAGGCUGGAAGAUGAAAAAUUAGAAUUAUUGGAGUCCAUUUCUGGAAUGGAGGUUGAGUUGACUAAUCUGACAAGUGAGUACGAGUCAUGUAUAGUGCAAAUGGAUGAUUCUAGAACAAUGAUCAUAGAUCUCAAGGAUAAAGUAGAAUGGCAGCAAUCAGAGUUGGAAGCUCAAAAGGUGGAAGUGAAGCAAAAACAACUAGAAUUUCAGAAAAGAUUUUCAGAAGUGCAGGAGGAUUCAGAGGCUCUAAGAAGAUUGAAUGCUAAACUGCAGGCUAAAGUUGAUAAUCUCAUUGAAGAUUGCAGUUCUCUUCAAGCAUUGACGGAUGAUCUAAAGAAGGAAAAGUUGGAAUUGCACAGUUGUGCUACACAGCUAGAGCAGGAAUUGGAGCACUCGAAAAGAAAGACCACAGAUUUUUGCAGAACUGUGGACUUCCUAGAGGUAAAACUUUCUUCGAUUCAGAAAGAUAUAUCUUCAAAAGAGCAAUCUUUUAUCUUGGAACUGGAGAAUAUACUUCAUGAGCACAAGGAGCAUGAAGAAAAGAUAAAUCGUGCACAUUUCCUUUUAAACAAGAUUGAUAAAGAAAAGACUAUCGAGGUAGAGAAUCUUGAGAGGGAGGUCAUGAGCCUUACUGCACAACUAUCUUCAACACACGGGGAACAAGAAAGUUCCAUGUUGGGUACUAUUCGUGAGGCCUCCAUCCUUCGAGCAGACAACGUGAAACUUCAUUCCAAUCUUCAUGAUGUAAUUGAGCAGUUGAGACAUUACGAGUCUCAGUUGGAAGAUAUACGCAAGGAGUCUAAAAGCAAGAUUAAAUCCCUCGCUGAUUCACUCAAUGCGUCGAAACAAAACGAAGAAAUGCUGAAAACAGAUGCCGAGGAUAUGAGAAGGCUGAUGGAAGCUGUUAAAUCCAAUGAAGAAAAUUUAAGAAUAACUUCAAAUGAAUUAGAACUGAAAUAUAAAUCUAGCGAUUAUGAGAAACUGCAAAUAAUGGAAGAAAAUUCUGGAUUAAAAGUUCAAGUUCAGAAAAUAGCAGGUGUCCAAGAUGAACUUUUGAAAGUGCAAAGUUCCCUUGAUGAGGCUAAGUUUGAAAAGGGAAGACUAGAAGAGCUACUUCGGUUGAUGUCUGAAGAAUGUGAUGAACUAAAGGUGCAAAAGGCCAUGUUAACAGACAAAGUUUCACAUAUGCAGGAUACUUCAAAUACAAUCAAUGGAGACAAACAAAGUAAAACAUCCAUGCAAGCAAAGCUGAGCAGCAUAAAACAGGGGAACAAUGAUCUACCUACUGACAACGGAGGUUGUUCUCCAGUUAAUGAGGAACCAGACCUGCAAGCAAAGAUCCAGUCAUUGGAAAGCAGACUUGCCGAAGCUCUGGAGGAAAAUAGCAUGUAUAGGACACAGGUGAAGAGAAGUAUUCAUGACCUGACUGCGGCCUACCUCCUAGUGGAUCAUAUUGUUACUUUUACCAUGUACAGUCCCACUGCAGAGCGGCAAUCUGGGAGCAGGAAUGGUGAGGGGAAUAAUGAUGACAAAAUAGCACAACUGGAAUCAGAACUAAAAGACAUGCAGGACAGGAAGCAUGUUGUGAAAAAUGCCAGAGGCAUCCGGAUCUUGGAGGCCACCAUCGUGAGAAUUGAGCAAGGGCACCAAGAGCCACGGGUGUUCUCCAGCCUCGGAGACAAAUCGGACAAUGACUAUUCUCAGAACUUGAGAUGCCCUGAUCGUCUUGAACUGUCAAUGCUAUGCGAGACUAUGUGGGCUAGAGUGACUACCGAUCAUGUUCAUAUGACCAUACAGAUCACCCUGCCUUUUUACACGACGCACAACAUAGCUUCUGAUAAACGUAGCUCCUUCUGA